AUAAACGUGACUUCAAAAGCUUCGCUUAUUGGUUAAUGUUCACUUACCUCGGAAGUGAGAAAAAGCCAACAUGGGGACUCGUUUGAAGGUUUUACGCGUGUUUAAAAAGCUGCACAGAACAAGGAUGGAUGUGUUUAAAGAGGAUGAAACAGCGCUGGGUGCUGCAAGAUUAAAGAUCAAUGAUGAGUUCAAGAAGAAUAAAAAUGAAGUAUCUGAAGAAAAUAUUCAGAAGAUGAUCAAAAUGGGCUCUGAUGUGGAAACAGUUCUUCGUGAGUCUGUGGUUCAGAUGGAACAUGUUGGAGAAAACACACUCUUGCUUCGACCAAGAGAAGGCCUUCUACAGGAAAAUGUACCUUACUGUGAUGAACCCAGGAAAAAGUCAUGAAAGAAUAUCAGCAGAGACUAUCAUCCAUCACUUUGAUUUACUGUUUAAAGGAUUUAACCAGACAGCUUUAAAAGCUGUUCAGGAUCUCCAAAGUGAUUUUUUUUACCAACUCCUGGAAGAGAGAAGAUCCCCCUUGUUCUGGAUGCACAUUGUGCAAACGUCCCUGCUCACACAUAUCAUCCUUUGAAAUGUCCUUCAAAUGUUUUGUUUACAUUUUAGUAGCUUGCUAUGAAAUCAGACUGGCACAAAAUAUUCUUUUGCUGCUAUUAAUCAUAACUGCAGACUUGUAGCUUUUUGGCAAAAAUAACUGUUUUUGAAGCCAAAUGUGGCGUUCACAUGAAUCGUGUAGAUCUGAAGAGUUUUGUUUUAAGGGGAAGGGGGGUCUUUCGUCGGCUUUGUGAUAGAUAGUUGCUUUUUUUAGAUCAAAAAUGUGUCUGACACUACAUGCCAUUUCCUACAAAAGCUAUUCAAUCACAACAGUGCUUAGGACAAUUUAAAGUGCAAAACAUUUAAGAAGAUUUAGCAAGGUAAAAAACAGUUUCCUCUUUCAACAUCUCAGGCUGUGGGAGAAACGUGCUCUUAAAAAGUACUGAAACCCUAUUGGAAAUGUCCAAUUCUUGUCUUAAAUUUAGGUUAUAAAAUCCAUAAUGGGUCCAUAUGUUAGCUUUCAAUGUCUUUGAGCAGCUUUAGAGAUAUUUAUGCUGCAGUUCAAGGGUGUAAGAAAUAAAUAACAUGAAAUUAAA